AUGGAAUUGUCUUCCUUAGAUGUUCUUCACGUGAUCAUCGUGUCAACAGAACUCUUUGCAGGAAUUACAGUAAAUGCAUUUCUUCUAAUUGUGAACUGUAAUGAUUUCAUCAAAGUCAGAAAGCUAGUACCACUGCAAAUUCUUUUAAUAUGCAUAGCAUUAUCCAGACUGGGUCUUCAGAUUGUGUUAAUGAUGCAUAGUUUAGUCUCUGUAUUCUUUCCACACAAAUAUGAAGACUUUAUUUAUAGUGUAAAAAUGAUGUUCAUUUGGAUGCUUUUCAGCUCCAUCAGUUCCUGGUUUACUACUUGCCUUUCUGUAUUUUACUGCCUCAAGAUUUCAGUCUUCACUCAGUCCUGCUUUCUUUGGUUGAAAUUUAGAAUUUUGAAGCUUGUUCUCUGGCUGCUUCUGGGAAGCAUGCUGGCCUCUUUGAGCACAGCAGCUGUAUGUAUUGUGCUAAAAGUCCCUCAGGUCUUCACAAACGUCACAGAGGAGAAGACACUGGUUGUUGUACAGGACACUUAUGAAUUUCUUCUUCUUAACUUGACAUUAAUACUUCCUCUAACUAUAUUUGCAAUCUGCACUUCUGCGUUGUUCAUCUCCCUUUACAAGCACACUCAUCGGAUGCAAAACAGACCUCAUGGUUCUUCAACUGUCAAGAAAGAAGCCCAUAUAAAUGCAUUAAAAACAGUUGUAUCAUUCUUUUGUUUCUUUAUUGUUUAUUUUGCUGCCUUCAUGGUAAAUAUGACAUUCAGAAUUCCUUUUAGAACUUAUCAGUUCUUUGUAAUGAAGGAAAUAAUGGCAGCAUUUCCUUUUGGGCAUUCAAUUAUAAUAAUUUUGAGUAAUUCUAAGUUCCAACAAUCAUUCAGGAGAAUUCUCUGUCUCAAAAGGAAACAAUGA